GGGGUGGCUUUCAGUUUUUUUGUUUGUUUCUUGUUUUAAACGUUGUGAGAGUGAAACAGGUUUCCUCUCAUACCCCACACCCGAGCCUCCCUCAAGUCCUCACGCCCCUCGGGUUUGGGAGUCGUGACUCCAGAGCCUCCCCCCGAGCAAGCAGAGAAUCUUAUCCUAAGGCCUGGUUGAGUGCUCGAAGGUGAUCGAGUGUUAACUCGAGCGGUUUUGACGGUGCGGGUGAAAGUGCUGUGGUUUGGACGCCGCGUUCACGUGGACGCGCCGGGUCUGGAGCGGGUCACCGCGGGUCUCCGCCCUGCGGCCCGGGUGGUGGUGCAGGUGCUCGGCGGAGAGGCGCUCACGUUCUCCGGAAGGCGCCGGCCACGGGCGGUUCGCUGGUCACGGAGUCUUGUCUGGAAAUGAGAAAGGUGUGAUGGGUAGGUGACCAAGAAGCCCUCCUCGCUGUCAUCAGGGAGGCAGCAUGACCGAGUGCUUCCUGCCCCCCACCAGCAGCCCCAGUGAGCACCGCAGGGUGGAGCAUGGCAGCGGGCUCACCCGCACCCCCAGCUCUGAGGAGAUCAGCCCCACCAAGUUUCCCGGGCUGUACCGCACGGGCGAGCCCUCACCCCCCCACGACAGCCUCCACGAGCCUCCCGACGUAGUGUCUGACGAUGAGAAGGACCAUGGGAAGAAGAAAGGAAAGUUCAAGAAAAAGGAAAAAAGGACUGAGGGCUAUGCUGCCUUUCAGGAAGAUAGUUCGGGGGAUGAAGCCGAAAGUCCUUCCAAAAUGAAGAGGUCCAAGGGGAUCCAUGUCUUCAAGAAGCCCAGCUUUUCUAAAAAGAAAGAGAAAGAUUUUAAAAUAAAAGAGAAACCCAAAGAGGAAAAACAUAAAGAAGAAAAGCACAAAGAGGAGAAGCAUAAAGAGAAGAAGUCAAAAGACUUGACAGCAGCUGACGUGGUUAAACAGUGGAAGGAGAAGAAGAAGAAGAAGAAGCCGAUUCAGGAGCCAGAGGUGCCUCAGCUGGACGUCCCGAGCCUCAGGCCCAUCUUCGGGAUCCCGCUGGCCGACGCGGUGGAGAGGACCAUGAUGUACGACGGCGUGCGGCUGCCCGCGGUCUUCCGGGAGUGCGUGGACUACGUGGAGAAGCAUGGCAUGAAGUGCGAGGGCAUCUACAGGGUGUCAGGAAUUAAAUCCAAGGUGGAUGAGCUGAAAGCAGCCUACGACAGAGAGGAAUCUCCAAACUUGGAAGAGUAUGAACCGAACACGGUGGCCAGUUUGCUGAAGCAGUACCUGCGGGACCUGCCUGAGAACCUGCUGACCAAGGAGCUCCUGCCUCGCUUCGAGGAGGCGUGUGGCCGGAGCUCGGAGGCCGAGAAGGUGCAGGAGUUCCAGCGCCUGCUGGAAGAGCUGCCUGAGUGCAGCCGCCUUCUCAUCUCCUGGCUCAUCGUGCACAUGGACCAUGUUAUUGCCAAGGAACUGGAAACGAAAAUGAACAUCCAGAACAUUUCCAUAGUGCUCAGCCCCACUGUGCAGAUUAGCAAUCGUGUUCUGUAUGUAUUUUUCACACAUGUGCAAGAGCUCUUUGGAAAUGUGACACUGAAGCAAGUGACGAAGCCCCUGCGAUGGUCUAACAUGGCCACGAUGCCCACACUGCCCGAGACCCAGGAGAGCAUCAAGGAGGAAAUACGGAGACAGGAGUUUCUUUUGAAUUGUUUACAUCGAGAUCUACAGGGCGGGAUAAAGGAUUUAUCGAAAGAGGAGAGAUUAUGGGAAGUACAAAGAAUUCUGACAGCCCUCAAGAGAAAACUGAGAGAAGCUAAAAGACAAGAAUGUGAAACUAAGAUUGCCCAAGAAAUAGCCAGUCUUUCAAAAGAGGAUGUUUCCAAAGAAGAAAUGAAUGAAAACGAGGAAGUCAUAAAUAUUCUUCUUGCCCAGGAGAAUGAGAUCCUGACUGAGCAGGAGGAGCUCCUAGCCAUGGAGCAGUUCCUGCGCCGACAGAUUGCCUCGGAGAAGGAAGAGAUCGAGCGCCUCAGGGCGGAGAUCGCGGAGAUCCAGAGCCGCCAGCAGCACGGCCGCAGCGAGACCGAGGAGUACUCGUCAGACAGUGAGAGCGAGAGCGAGGACGAGGACGAGCUGCAGCUUAUCCUGCAAGACCUGCAGCGGCAGAACGAGGAGCUGGAGAUCAAGAACAACCACCUGAACCAGGCCAUUCACGAGGAACGCGAGGCCAUCAUCGAGCUGCGGGUGCAGCUUCGCCUGCUCCAACUGCAGCGCGCGCGCUCCGAACCCCUGGCUGAGCCCGAGCCCGGCGCCCGGGAGCCGCCCCCGCCCGCCAAGGAGCAGGCGCGGCCGUCGCCAGGCAGGGAGCGGAAGGAGACGCCCAUCUGAGAGCCGGCCGGGGCGCGCGGACCUCCAGAGACGGCUGGUCGGCACACCGGUGUCCCAGACGUGUCCCAGACUGUCGGCUUCUUGGAAGAGUCAUUUCCUUUGUUAACUUAAAUAACUAUUUUAACCCUUGAGUGGCUUCUUUUUAAACCAAAAAUCGUCUUUCUUUGCUUUUUUAUUACGGCAGAAUCAGGAUUUUUCUCUCGUUCGUGGGGGAGCCACACGGGGCCGCCCCGCCCGCCACGUCCCCAGGAUCUCGCUGCCGCCACUCGCCCGUGCCUUCACACCUCCGCGGUGCGGGUCCUGGGGGCCUCCUUCCUGACCGGCCGGCCCCCCCACCCUCCCCUCAGCCCCGCCCGAGUCACCCCGGUGGCCUGGGUCAUGGGAGGACCGGGGCGUCCACACAGCAUGUUUCUUCGACCUUCCAUUAGGACAGAGCGCCGUGGGUGGCUUGCUCGGGCCCGAAUGUAAGCGUGUCUUUGCCUGCAUAAGCCAUAUCGAUGGGUAGCCACGCGCUCACACAGGAUUGGAGUCGGUGUCCACACAGGCUCGGUGAACUGCUGCUGGACGCCCGGUGGGCCAGGCUGAGUACUAGGAAUCGGACUUCCUCGGGAGUCAGCCGUGGUCCUGACCCCCCUCCCCCCACGACCUUGGUUACCUGAGGCCUCCGGCUCACAGGCACCGGGGUCCAGUGCCGCUGGGUCCAAGUAAGUGGCUCCAAGAGGCUCUGGGCUGUGAAGACAAACCCACACGUCCCGGUGAUGGAAACACCCCAUGAGGGCACAUCCUCUUCUCCUGGUUAGUAUUUAUUUCAGCACCUGGUUAAUGCGGUUUUUUAUUCUCUACCUAUUGCACUGUUGUGACUUGUUGGCCAUUAUUUGAUUUUUGUACGAAAAAAAAGCUUUGUUAUAGAAAUCAGCAUACUAUUUUUUUAAACCUGGAGAGAAGAUAUUAUGGUGACUGAAAAUAUGGUCAGGUGUCAAAUAUAAAUGUAUAAAAGCCUUCUUACUGUCCUGUCAGUCAUGUUACAUUUAUUUUAUAUUUGCUGGCAAUACUGAAGGUUUCUUUUUUGUUUGUGUAAACUCUAAUUUCUAUCAUGGUGUCAUGAAUUUUUAAAAUCAGUAUUUCAUUACAGUUGUCUCAGCGUUGGUAAACUAAUUUUUGCCAGGACCAUUAUUGAUCAAGCAAAUAAAUUCAACAGCCAUUUGAGGGAGAAAAAAA